AUGCCUUCUGAAGGCUCCACGAUUUAUUCUCAAGGCUUUAACUUUGGAAGUUUCGUUCUGCAUGGGGUGGACAACCGCACAGGCCAAUAUACCUGCAGCGUCACUCUCUAUGAGGCGCUCGCAGAAGCUCGGAACUGUCCCACUUUUAAACUUUCCCUCAAUUACAACGCCCUCAACCCGGAAGAUAUCGGGUUUGGCAAGGGUUGGGCCUUUAAUCUCUCUCGCUACCAGCAUCGUCAGGGCCGAACAAUCUCGCUGCUCAAAAGCUUCCGCUUUGAGAAGCAGGGCUCUAACUAUCAUGUCAUCUACAAGUCCGGACAGCGCAAGAUUUUGUCAAACGUCAACAAUGUCUACAAGCGGUCUAUUCCUAUUAAGAUCUUUGCGGCCAUCGGCCGAUCGCUGAAGCUAUCGUGGACGCCUGUAAUGUCGGUUCCCCGGCUCACCAAAGUCAGCGAUGGGUCGCAGGAUUUACUCACCAUCAAAUGCGAGUCUUGCUCCUCCACAAUCACUUGCCACCCCGAAACUCCCCAGAGCGGUACUUUCGUUCUUACUCAGAAAGACAAGAGACUGUCUCAUGUAAAGCUGCCUGGAGAUGGCAAGUCUAGCACUGAUCGCUCAAGGCUGGAAUUUUAUUUAUAA